AUGGAGAGAAUAAGAUAUCCAGAUGUGGAUUUGAGGGAGCUGAGUAUCAUGAGUUCGGACAGCGAAACUGUUGAGGAAAGGUCUUCAACUACGGGUUCAUCAAUUGUUUCAUCGCCUUUUCCAGCUCUAAUUAAUGAUGAAACGGUUUAUGUUGCUGUCGGGAAAGAAAUGAAAGAAGCUGUGUAUGCAUUCUCUUGGGUAUUGGAUAAUCGCAGACCAAACAAAAUUGUCAUUCUUCAUGUUCAUCAGCCAUCUCAGACCAUUUCAAUGGUGGACGGACCUCCCAUCAUUCGGAUACAUCAACGUGUUAGAGAUCAUCGUGAAGCUGAGAGGAAAGAUGCACAAAAGAUUCUUGAUAAAUACAUAUUACAUUGUCAGAAAGCAGGGGUACAAGCAGAAAAACUGUUUGUUGAGAUGGAGUCAAUUGAAAAGGGCAUUGUGGAACUGAUAUCUGUGCAUAAUAUUAGGAGGCUGGUAAUGGGAGGCGCCGCGAAAAAACACUAUACAAAGAAAUUAAUGGAGUUUAAGUCUAAAAAAGCCAUCUAUGUGCGUCAAGAAGCUCCUCCUUUCUGUCAAAUUGAUUUCUUAUGCAAAGGGCACCUGAUAUACACAAGGGAACCUAUGCUAGUUGGACAUGACACAGAAGGCAUGAUUACAUUACUUCAGGUUAGUCCAAGUACUGAUCAAGCUGAGAAAUCUCAUUCCUCGAGAUCAAAGUCUGUCACUGAACGUCUAAGUUAUCAGUUGGUUCCAUCGGAAUCAGCUGUUGAUCAUGCCCGAGUAAUGUCUGAAAAUCUUGGCACUCCUGGACAUCCUCCCAAUGAGAUAAUUGGAGUUGUACCCUCUCCUAGAAGUUCAAGUGUGGAAAGGAGCAGUGAUGUGUUGUCACAAAAAAGUUUAUCUUUGAUUUCAUUUGUUUCCUCUUCAUCAAGUGAAAGAAUGGAUGACACAGCUCCAGUUUCCAACACCAGGACUGAGGGAAAUGUUAAUGAGUUACAUGGAGAUGCCCCUCUUCAUUCUGAGAAAGAUGAAUCUAACACAUCUUUUCGGCCUGAAGAGGAAGGAACCGUGAAUGACGAACUUUAUCAUAAACUCCACCAAUACAUGGUGGAGGCAGAAAAUUGCCGACAAGAGGCAUAUGAAGAAACAACCAAGUGUAGAAAAGCUGAAAGAGAAGCUAUUGAGGCUAGGUUCCAGGCUAAAGCAUCAGAAUCAAGAUGUGCAGAAGAAGUUAGAAAAAGAAAGGAAGUUGAGGAAGCACUAGCCCUGCAAAAAAAGGAAGUUGAGAAAAUGAGAUACCAAUUAGAUGAGAUCAAGAUGAAACUUGGAAUUUCUAUGGAACAGAAGUCCUCCCUGGAGAUCCAAAUUAAGGCUUCUGCGAAGAUGGUCCACGAGUUGGAACAGAAAAUGUCCUCUGCUGUUGAGCUACUGAGAAAGUACAAGAAUGAAAGAGAUGAUUUGCAGGUGGAGUGUGACAAAGCACUAAAGGAAGUUAUGGAGCUAAGACAAAAACAUGCUGAGAAGGAAUCAAGUUCAUCCAUGUCGUAUCUUUUUUCCGAAUACCUUUUCUCAGAAAUCGAACAAGCAACUUGCCAUUUUGACCCGGCAUUGAAGAUUAGUGAAGGAGGUUAUGGAAGCAUUUACAAGGGCUUUGUUCGUCACACUCACGUGGCGAUAAAGAUCCUAAAUCAGGAUACUUUGCAGGGCCCUUUGGAGUUUCAGCAAGAGGUAAAUAUUUUGAGCAAAUUUCGGCAUCCCAACCUUGUAACCCUCAUUGGAGCCUGUCCAGAAGCUUGUGCUCUCAUUUAUGAGUAUCUACAAAAUGGAAGCCUAGAAGAUCGACUUAACUGCAAGGGCAACACUCCUCCACUAAAAUGGCAAACUCGAAUCCGCAUUGCUUUAGAGAUCUGCGCCGUUCUUAUUUUCUUGCAUUCUUGCAGCCCUAAGAGCGUUGUACAUGGUGAUCUAAAACCAUCAAACAUUCUGCUUGAUGGUAACUACAUAAGCAAGCUGAGUAACUUUGGUAUUUGUCACAUACUAAACGAAAAUGAGCUUUCAGAGAACCUGACUACAGGAUACCGCAGAACUGACCCAAAAGGAACUUUUGCAUACAUGGAUCCUGAGUUUGUCGCAACAGGGGAACUUACCCCGAAAUCUGAUGUCUACUCAUUCGGGAUUAUAUUGUUAAGGAUGUUAACGGGAAAGCCGGCAUUAGGGAUAGUGAAGGAAGUUCAGGCUGCCCUGAAGGACAGAAACUUGAAAGAUAUCCUGGAUAAAACAGCAGGGGAUUGGCCAUCUGGAAAAGCAGAACAGCUGGUUAACUUAGCUUUGAGUUGUUGCGAAAUGACUCGGAAGAAUCGGCCUGAACUUUCAUCGGAAGUAUGGAGAGUGAUUUCCCCAAUGAGAUCAUCCUGUGGGUCUACCACAUCUUCUUCUAGGUUAAUUCCUGGAGAGCAAUAUUCUCAUUCUCCACAAUACUUCAUUUGUCCUAUCUUUCAGGAAAUCAUGAAGGAUCCUGUGGUGGCAGCUGAUGGCUACACAUAUGAAGCAGAGGCAAUUCGGGGAUGGAUCGAUGGUGGUCACGAUACAUCACCGAUGACGAACCUGAAGCUUACACAUACCAAUCUUGUACCCAACCUUGUUCUUCGAUCCGCCAUUCAAGAAUGGUCACUAAAGACUCGAAAAGUAGUAUAACUGAACAGUGAACUUCUACUUCAUUAGGCC